AUGAAGUUUGGCAAACAUUUUAAGCGACAAAAGGUGCCCGAGUGGGUCGAGGCCUAUAUGGAUUACAACGCUCUGAAAAGGAUCUUAAGGGAGAUAGUGCUCUUUAAGCAGAGGAAGCAACCAGCAACGCCUUUGAGAACCUUUCAGCGAAGAUUGUCAUUGCACAGAUCCUUUGGUGGACUAACUGUACCAGCUAGCAAUCCACCUAGCGAGAGAGAUAUUGAGGACCAAGUGAUCACUGUUAAUUCAUCGCCAGGGGAGAGUUCUAUGCAAUGUUACAGGACUGACUUUCUCAAGCAAUCUAAGGAAGGAGGAGAUAUUGAGGUCAAGUUCUUCAGGAAGCUUGAUGAAGAGCUUAACAAGGUAAAUACCUUCUAUAAAGAUAAGGUAGAGGAACUGAUGAAUGAAGCUUCUUCACUAGAUAGACAGAUGGAUGCACUGGUCGCCUUGAGAAUUAAGGUGGAGAACCCUGAUGCUAAUGGCUCCAGUUUGAAGACAUAUUCGACCAACACUGCCACCACAGAGCUGUCACCCAGUGACGAUCUAAAUGAAGAUGGUAAUUCAGGUAAGGGCCACAGUACUCAAUGUGAUGAUAUACCAAAAAGACACAAAAAAAGGAGGAUCGGCCAUCCAUCUCAUAUGACCUGUUCUGUAGGCAUGUGCAGACAAGAGGUGAAUGGAUGCAGACAGGACCCCCUUGAAGUACUUGAGCACGUGAAGAUUCACAAACCACUCGAAACUCCUAUUUCCACAUUGAAAGGCGUUUUCCGAGAUUCCAAAGAUGUUGAACUGAGAUUCAAAAAAGAGGAGCUGAGGAAAGUGGAAGAAAGACUGAGGCUCGUAUUCAUUGAAUUCUAUCAGAAGCUCCGCCUUAUAAAGCUUUUUAGCUUUAUGAACCUCUCAGCCUUUUCAAAGAUCUUGAAGAAAUAUGAAAAGAUCACUUCACAAAGAGCAGCCAGAUCAUACAUGGAAAUGGUGGACAACUCUUACCUAGGCAGCUCUGAUGAGGUCACUAGUCUCUUGGAGAGGGUGGAAGCAACUUUUGUCGAGCAUUUUGCUGACUCAAAUCGCAGAGAAGGCAUGAAGUCAUUGAGACCGAGGCCAAAAAAAGAGAGGCAUAAAGUAACAUUUUUCUCAGGUUUCUUUUCUGGUUGCUCAGCUGCUCUUGUGGUUGCUGUUGUUCUGAGAAUAGAAACCAAAAAUCUUAUGGAUAGGGAGGAAGGUGCAAGAUACAUGGAAAACAUUUUCCCUUUAUACAGUUUUUUUGGAUAUGCCAUUCUCCAUAUGCUAACAUAUGCAGCAAAUAUAUACUUCUGGAGACGAUAUCGGAUUAACUACCCAUUUAUAUUUGGGUUUAAGCAAGGCACAGAACUGGGAUAUCGCGAAGUAUUUCUUGUAAGCACUGGGCUUGCAGUACUUGCACUUGGCAGUUUCCUGGUAAAUUUGUACCUGGAUUUGGGCUCAAAAACUCGAAAUUUCAAGACAUUCACUGAACUGGUUCCUUUAAGCUUGGUCACGGUCGUUCUUAUAAUAAUUUUCUGCCCUUUUAACAUCUUAUACAGUUCGAGUCGCUUUUUCUUCAUCAGAUGUCUUUUUCACUGUAUUUGUGCUCCUCUCUACAAGGUUACUCUUCCAGAUUUCUUCUUGGCAGACCACCUUACCAGCCAGGUGCAGGCUAUAAGGAGUCUGGAGCUGUACAUUUGCUACUAUGGGUUGGGAGAGUAUUCUCAGAGACAAAAUAAGUGCCACAGACAUGGUGUCUAUAAUGUUUUCUAUUUCAUUGUUGCCAUCAUCCCAUAUUGGAUGCGCUUCCUGCAGUGCCUCCGUCGAUUAUGUGAAGAAGGAGAUGCGGUGCAUGGAUUCAAUGGGUUAAAAUACUUCCUGACAAUUGUGGCAGUUCUAGUAAGAACCGCUUGUGAACUCAAGAAGGGACAUGCAUGGUUGGUUCUUGCUUUCAUCAGCUCAGCUAUCGCGACAAUAAUGAACACAUAUUGGGAUAUUGUAGUAGACUGGGGGCUUCUUCGAAGGCAUUCCAGGAAUUUUUACUUGAGGGACAAACUUGUCAUUUCACAUAAAAGUGUUUAUUUUGCAGCCAUGAUCCUAAACGUAGUCUUGAGACUGGCCUGGAUGCAGCUCGUGCUGGAGUUCAAAUUGCGUUCCCUGCAUAAGAUGGCAGUUACAACAAUUGUAUCUUGUCUAGAAAUCCUUCGUCGUGGAAUCUGGAGCUUCUUCAGGUUGGAGAAUGAACAUUUAAACAAUGUGGGAAGGUACAGGGCAUUUAAGUCUGUCCCGCAUCCCUUCAGUUUCUAUGAUGAGGGUAAUGACGAUGACAACUCUGAGAAAGAUGACUAAGGUGAUUCGGAGUUCAAAUCCAUGAGGUCAAUAUGGUGCUCCACAUGGGCAAUCUGCAAAUAAAGUUUUCAUCAAAACAUGCGGCUUUUCGGCAUGUGUCAAAUUCUACCUUCCAUGCAGGGCUCAGGC